CAUUUCUGAAGCAGAGCACAGACGAGCGCAGACUGUCGUACAAGAUGGAGGAACUUGCCGUGGAGGUGCGGAGAGAGGACGGGGGAUAUUACAAAGCAUCAGUCAUCGAUGCAGGAAGAGGAGACACAGUCCGGGUGAAAUUUGAUGACGGGCAGCUGGCGGAGGCGGACGUGCCGCUCUCUCAGGCGCGCCUGGCGCCGGCCGCCGCCGACCCGCACGCGCCGCCGCCGGCCGAGGGCGAGCAGGUGGAGGUGUUCUCUCGCCUCAGAGACGACGCACCCUUCGGCUGGCUGCCGGCCGUGGUCAAGAUCGUGAAGGGGGACCGAUGCGUGGUGGAAUUCACCGGGCUGGGGGACGUGCGGCGCACGGACAUCAUCGGCCAGGAUGAGAUCCGGCCCCAGAACACCAACCCGCCCAUCACCAACAGCAGCUUCUACUCGUGCUACAUACCCGUGCCCGAAGACCUACUAGAGUAUGCACAUCUACAGAAUGCCCACAAAGAGUUUCAAAAGGCCUGUGGAGCCGCAAUAUGUAAAUUCAUACCUGAGAAGAACAGCUUGUUUCUAAUGGGCCGCACCGCGACCGUCAAGAACCGCGCCAACAUCCUCUCGGAGAUGCACUUCCGCGGCCUGAAGCAGAAGGCGCUGCUGCUGUCGCGCACACAGGAGGCGUCCCGCCACCUCGAGUCGACCAAAGCGCACUCGCGCUCCGUGUACACAGAGGAGUUCUCAGUGGUGGAAGAUCUGAUGGGCCUGGCGAUCGGCGCGCACGGCGCCAACAUCCAGCAGGCGCGCCGGCUCGACGGCAUCACCAACAUCGAGCUGGAAGAGAAGACGUGCGUCUUCAAGAUAUACGGCGAGUCCGAGGAUGCCGUGAAGAAGGCCAGGAGCAUCCUCGAGUACAGCGAGGUGUCGAUCCAGGUUCCCCGGCAGCUGGUCGGCAAGGUGAUCGGCAAGAACGGACGCAUGGUGCAGGAGAUUGUCGACAAGAGCGGCGUGGUGCGGAUCAAGAUCGAGGGCGAGAACGAGCCGAACCCGACCACGCCGCGCGAGGAGGGCCUCGUGCCGUUCGUGUUCGUCGGCACCAUGGACGCCAUCGAGAUGGCGCGGGUGUUGCUCGAGUAUCACCUGGCGCACCUGCACGAGGUGGAGCAGCUGCGGCAGGAGAAGCUGGACAUCGACCAGCAGCUGCGCACCAUGAACGGACCGCCCGGCGGCGCGCCUUACCAGCCGCGCUCGCGCACCGAGCGCCCCUACAGCGGCGACGGCGAGGGCGGCGGCCGCGGCCGCGGUGGCCAGCCGUACCGCGGCCGCGGGCGCGGUCGCGGCCGGGGCGGCUACGACUCCCGCGACGGCAGGGACAACAGAGACGCCAGAUACAACGGUCACACGGAGGGCGGCGGCGCCGAGCGCAACGGCGACGGCCCGCGGCCGGCCGGCCGCGGCGAGCGGCGGCGCGGCGAGCCGCGCGGCAGCCGCAAGUAGGCCACGGCCGCCCCCGUCCCUCCCGCCUCCACGCGCGCCUCCGUCUGCCCCGAGCGGGUCGACCAUCGGACCUGCGCGACCUAGCCCCGGACUGGAUCGGACCCUGACCUGUGACGCCGCCUGUCCACCAGAGAGUGAGAGAGAGAGAAAGCUAUUGUGUAAGGGAGAUAGAGAGGAGGCAGAUGUAGACGGACCCGCACCUGGCCCAGACCGCGGCCGCGGCCACGCUCGCCGUCCCAGCGUCUGUGCUUGGCCACACCGCGCGGACACGACCCGCUCAGAACACACACGGACACACACACACACGUUUACAUUCACAUUCGCAUUCGCACUCACACAGGUACGCCACGCUCACACACACACAGCUCCGGAUUGCAGCUCCUGGCACGCGUCGACUGUCGACCCACUGUUUUCUUGACACCCGUCAGCCGCCAUGCUGCUGGCAGUCCGGCGCGAAGGCUGGCAGCCGCGCUGAGACCGCCCCGUCCCGCGCGCCGCGUGCUCCGCCAGCGUCGGAGGGCGUCUCUGCCACCACCUUCAGCUGCCGCCCACUUGAAAUUGCCUCAAGCGUCUUGCUGCUGUUCUCACGUCACACACCUGCGUCGGCGCAUGUGUGAGCGCGUGCCGACCUCGCUUCGCGGCGAGCUCUCAUCGCAGACGCGUGAUCCCGCACCGUUUGCGCAACCUGCGGGUCUUUUGAACGCGCCUUGCGGACCCGCCACUCCGCCCCCACACACGACAGUCGAAACAGACCGGACAGGCGGGCUGAGCGGGUUUCUCAACACGCUAGCCACACGCACGUCUGCACAGACCUCCAUGCAUAUACCACGUGACAGUUCGUUUUCUCCGUUCUUUUGAUUAGCGUUUGUUGCAUGCCGCUAGCUCUUUGUUGCGUUCGCGCGGCGCCCGUGCGGUGCCCGGCGCCCCUCGCCCUGUCGGCUGCCCGCCGCCCUCUGUCGCGCGGCAGUCUCGGACGCGACCUACGACCGGUGGCGCGCCGUUCGGGCGCAGUUCCGCGCGGCGGCGCGGCCUCCCGUCACCGCGCGCCGCGCCGCCGCAGGCCGACCGGCGGGCGGCCCCGCGCCGCCCGCCCCCCGCCCGAGAGAGAGAAGGAGAAAGAUAGACAGACUGACAGCGAGAAACCGACCGGCCGCGCCCGCUGCCGCCGGCGCGGGCCAGGAGAGACAAAGCCCGGAUCAUGCCAGCCAGUGCCGGACGAUUCUGUUCAGUUCGCCUUCGUGUACUUCGAUUUUCUAAUAAAAUUGUACAUUGUUGGGCG